GGGUAUAUAGAUGACCACCUUAUAAUAGAGUGGCUUAAGUACUUUAUUAUAUAUACAACGGAUUUACGUGCUAGGCAGCCUACUUUACUGAUUUUGGAUGGUCACGGUAGCCAUACUAUAUUUCCGUUCUGGUUUCGGGCCCAAUAAGUGAACAUAUACCUAUUUACGAUACUACCAUACACCACACAUAUUUACCAGCCCUUAGAUAUUGCUUUGUUUUAGCCGUUUAAGAUGUAUUACCAUAAUGCAAUUAAUCAUAUAAACUUACUUUCUGUAAAAGACAUAAACAAGGAAAACUUCUUAGUAACACUUACCGGUAUACAUAAUCAAGCCUAUACCCCGCAAAACGUGAAAUCAGGCUUUCGGCAAGCUAGGAUUUGGCUAUAUAACCUAUAAAUUAUACUUUAUAAGCUUUUGCCGCAGCAAACAAACCGUGAAAGUACACCUACACCUGAUGUAAGCCUAGAAAUCGACCCACAAACCCCAUUUACGCCUACAAGGCGUGGCAAAUACCUUCUUAAGCAUGUU